UUACCUCAUGUUCUCCUUCGCCUUUCAGUAACAACUUCAACUUGAUAUCCAUUCCUUGUUAUAAUAUUAUCCCAAACCUUAUUCUUGCCAAACUUAAAUUACAUAAAUAUUAUAGCCAUGCAAGCUGGUGAGCUUACUGAUCAUUCCCACUACCUUAUUCCUGGAAACCCUAAUCCAGACAUCAUGAACCUACACAACUCACCAAUCAUGCAGUUUAACGUUAACGAGCCGUCGAACUCGUUCUACAAUUUUCAUAUGAACCCUCAAUAUCAAGAAAUUAACAUGCAAGCACCAUAUUUCAAGAGCAACUCAACUUCUGAUGAAGCAGAUGAGCAACAGCUCAGCAUCAUUAAUGAGAGGAAGCAGAGAAGAAUGAUAUCCAACAGAGAAUCGGCACGAAGGUCGCGCAUGCGCAAGCAGAAACAUCUAGAUGAGCUUUGGUCACAGGUUGUUUGGCUACGUAAUGAAAAUCAUCAACUUGUUGACAAACUUAAUAAGUUUUCAGGGAUUCAUGAGCAAGUUGUUCAAGAGAAUGCUAAGCUUAAAGAUGAAGCUGCAGAGCUUCGCCAGAUGGUUACCGAGUGGCAGAUUAAUGGCACCUACCCUACUUUAAGGGAUCUUGAUGAUAUCUCAAACCCUUCCAUCUCAAGUUCCUCAGACUUCUUCUAGAAAAAUAGACAUGAUCAUCGAGUUUGUUUUCGUUAUUGAUGGUGUCUAAUAAGUCUAUUAUUAUGUAUGUAUGUAUUCUAAGAGUUCCAUGAGGAAGUAGUACAAUAACAUCUUUAUUUUUUUAA